CUUCCAUCUUCCAAUUGAUCCCAACCUCUCACUGUUUCUCUUGUCCUUUGCUCUCUAUCACAUCAUGAGCAUUAUUAAAGACAUCGUUUAUGCCCCUGUUUCCCAUUGGGAGAAACAUACCCUCGAUCUUUAUUACCCUGACAGGCAACUGAAUGCAAACAAGUCACUAAUAGUCUUUGUGCAUGGUGGCGCAUGGAGGACAGGUGACAAAGAUGAAUUCGUUGACAUGGCACAGAGAAUUUCUACCUCUACUGGAGAUGUAGUUGCAGUUGUCAACUACACCCUUUCAGUUGCUGCCAUUAAAGAUGACCCCACGUCUGUCCGACCUGAGGCUCAACACCCUAAACAUGUCCAGGAUGUGGCCAAGGCGGUUGCGUACUUAUACAUGAAUGCAGAAAAAUACAAUGGACACUACAACCCUAACCACAUUUUCUUGGUCGGACACUCCGCUGGUGGACAGAUCACAGGUAUGUUGGCUCUGCGUCCAGAUCUAUUCUUAGAACCGAUUGAGACCGAGUUAGGACUUGAAAAGGGCGUUCUGCAUAGAGCUAUCCGCGGUGUUAUCGGAGUAGAAGGCAUCUAUAAUGUGGAUCGUAUAUUGAAGCGCUGGCCAUCUUAUAAAGACUUCAUUAUUCAAGGCUUUGGGGGAGACCCGGAGACAUUGAUUCAUGGAUCACCAGACGGCCAACAAGUCCCACCAGGAACUGCAUUCAGAUUACCUAAUUAUGCGGUACUUCAGUCGAAUGAAGAUGAGCUUGUGGAGCCCGAGCAGGCUAAAGAGUACCAUGCGCAUUUGCUGGCGGUUGCUGGUCCUUCAGAAGAUAAGGUUAUACUAGAGUUUGGAGACUGGGGCAAACACGAUGCUAUGCUGCAGACAGAACAAUUUGCUAAAACCAUCACAAAAUAUGUCCAUGGCUGGGAAGCCCAAUAAAAAUUAGCUCCACGUGACUAUCAUUUGACGUCAUUUUUUAUUGACGCGAAGGGAGAAUACCCUCGGAUGAAGUCAGAUCAAUAUCAACGCAAGCGAUGAAGCUCUAACCUGCAAGCUCCAGAAACGAAGCAGGAUUGUUGGCUCGUAAAAAAAAGUAGUUUAGUUAGACAAGGUGUGCUGCAAAACCCAAUGUAGUGGAGUACUGAUCACGUG